ACGAAACAGCAUACGGUACCAUCCCUUCAAUCCCCAAGCGCUCUUUGGAGGUUGCUUGUUCGGUCGACCAAGCAGUUCAUCCUGUUCUCUAUCUUCCCGGAAAAUCUAACGAAACCCAAAUUGGAGUCCUUCCAAUUCUGGAUCCCUCGUCACCCUGGGGGUAGAGAGAGGGAGAAAACGAGGGAAAGGGAGCCUAAAUCAACGGGUGAAUACCACUUGUGCUGUGCGUGUGAGAGAGAUCAAGCGCUGAGAGUGUGGAAAUGGGUACGCUUCAGACUUGGAGAAAGGCUUAUGGUGCCCUGAAAGACACCACCAAAGUCGGUCUUGCCCAUGUCAACAGCGACUACGCGGAUUUGGAUGUGGCCAUAGUCAAAGCUACGAACCACGUCGAGUGUCCCCCAAAAGAGAGACAUCUUAGAAAAAUUCUUUUUGCGACAACUGCUAUUCGACCCCGAGCCGAUGUUGCUUACUGCAUUCAUGCGCUUUCUCGCCGACUGGCCAAGACACGAAACUGGACGGUGGCGUUGAAAACUUUGAUAGUCAUCCAUAGGUUAUUGAGGGAGGGUGAUCCUACUUUUAGGGAAGAACUUCUGAAUUUCUCACUAAGAGGACGAAUUCUCCAACUUUCUAAUUUCAAGGAUGAUUCUAGCCCAAUAGCUUGGGAUUGCUCUGCUUGGGUUCGUACUUAUGCAUUAUUUUUGGAAGAAAGGCUUGAAUGUUUCCGGGUUCUGAAGUAUGAUAUUGAAGCAGAGCGUCUACCCAAGCCUGCCGAAGGACAGGAAAAGCAGGGUUACAGUAGGACCAGAGAUUUGGAAAGUGAGGAGCUAUUGGUACAGUUGCCUGCUCUGCAGCAGCUUCUCUAUCGACUUAUUGGUUGCCAGCCAGAAGGAGCUGCUGUUAGCAAUUAUGUGAUACAGUAUGCGUUGGCUCUGGUAUUGAAAGAGAGCUUUAAGAUUUAUUGUGCUAUUAAUGAUGGAAUUAUCAAUCUUAUUGAUAAGUUUUUUGAGAUGCCCAGACAUGAGGCCAUCACAGCCUUUGAUGUCUACAAACGUGCUGGUCAGCAGGCUUCCAGUCUCUCGGAUUUCUAUGAAGUCUGCAAAGGAUUAGAACUUGCUAGAAAUUUUCAGUUUCCUGUCUUAAGAGAGCCUCCACAAUCCUUUCUUGCAACCAUGGAAGAGUAUAUUAGAGAGGCACCACGAGUGGUUACAGUUCCAAAUGAACCAUUGCUUCAGUUGACAUACAGACCAGAAGAAGCUUCUGCUGUAGAAGACAAUGAAUUACCUGUUGAAGAACAGGAGCCAUCAGUGCCAGUUGAUAAUGCUGUUGUCCCAGUUUCUGAACCUGCACCACCACCUCCUCCUCCUCCGCCUCAAAACAAUUUUGAAACUGGAGAUUUGCUGGGGUUGAAUGAUGCAACGCCUGAUGCUUCAUCAAUAGAGGAAAGAAAUGCACUAGCCCUAGCUAUAGUUCCCACUGAAGCUGGAACUGCAUCAACUUUUGACUCGGGUGCCACUCAAACGAAGGAUUUUGAUCCAACCGGGUGGGAGCUUGCCCUUGUCACCAAUCCAAGUAACAAUAUUUCUUCAGUCAACGAGAGGCAAUUGGCUGGUGGAUUGGACACGCUCACUCUUAACAGCUUAUACGACGAAAUGGCAUAUAGAUCUGCAAAUCAGCAGGCAGUGUAUGGAACACCUGCCCUGAAUCCAUUUGAAGUGCAAGAUCCAUUUGCCCCAUCAAGCAACAUCCCUCCACCUCCCGCGGUCCAAAUGGCAGCCAUGGCUCAGCCACAAGCAAAUCCAUUUGGUCCUUACGCGCCUUAUCAGCCUCAGCAGCAACAUGUGUUGAUGAAUCCAGCCAAUCCCUUUGGUGAUGCGGGUUAUAGGGCGUUUCCUGUGAAUCCUGUUUCACACCCACAAAAUAACAAUCCAUUUGGAAGCACAGGCUUGUUAUAAUAAUGGAACACUGCUUUCUUUUUCUUUUUCCUGGAGGUGUAAAGUAUUUUAAUCAAUCAAGUUGGUUUUGGUGAAUUCAGCAGUGAGUAAAAUGACGCAUCGGUUUUACUUCUUUGUUGCUGGAUUGAUGAUUUUUGGAAUGGAUAUGCCUGGUUGGUUGCCUUGUAAAAAUUUCAGUCAACAUUGAGAAUGUAAUAAUUGUUUGAUGGUAUAUAGAAUAGUGGGUUCUGCUUGUAUCCUUGCA